AUGGCAUCAGAGGCACAACCCGGACCUUCUCUUCUUAGGGAUGGAGUGGAAAGAGGGGUUAAGCAGCGCCCACAGGUACGGAAAGAGCAAUGGGGACGAGGGAAGAGGCAACUCUGCCUCCCUUUAUGUCGAGUAGGGAAGGGAUCUAAGAGAAGAGAUAUUUCCUUCUUCUUCCAGGGUCUGGUCACCUUUGAGGAGGUGGCCGUGCGUUUCACAGAGGAGGAGUGCGCUCUGCUGGAUCCAAGCCAAAGAGCUCUGAACAGGGAAGUUAUGGAGGAGAAUUACGAGACAGUGACCUCUCUGGGUAAGGAAACAUAUUUCUGUAUGCAGUGGAGGAAUAACUGGUCCAAUCCAGUGACCCCCAGCCCAGUGUCCUGUUCACAGUAGUAUCCUGUUCAUCCCAAGAAAAUGUCUGUGGGGAAGCCCGCAAGCAGGAGCUUAGCGUUAAGAACAGGGGUCAGCAAACUUUUUCAGCAAGGGGCCGGUCUACUGUCCCUCAGACCUUGUGGGGGGCCGGACUAUAUUUUGAAAAUAAAAAUGAAUUCCUAUGCCCCACAAAUAACCCAGAUAUGCAUUUUGAAGAAAAGCACACAUUCUACUCAUGUAAAAACACCAGGCAGGCCCCACUGAUAACCCAGAGAUGCAUUUUAAAUAAAAGGGCACAUUCUACUCAUGUUCAAACACGCUGAUUCCCAGACUGUCUGCAGGCCAGAUUUAGAAGGCGAUUGGGCUGGAUCCGGCCCCCGGGCCUUAGUUUGCCUACCCAUGGUUAAGAACAUCUUGCCCUCCUGUGGUUCCUGGCGUUCCCAGAGAAAACCAAUACAUUUGGUGGAGUCUUAAGAGCAAACGGUUGCAAAACUUCCGCUUUCGCAUCUAACCUCAAGAUUUAUUAUUAAUACUAUUACAGUGGUACCUCGGAAGUCGAAUGGAAUACGUUCCGGAAGUCCGUUCGACUUCCAAAACGUUCAGAAGCCCCGUCAGACGUUCAGCUUCCAAAAGCAUUAGCCCUCUCCUCCAUUAGCUCAGUCGGUAGAACAUGGGGCUCUUAAAUCUCAGGGUUCAAGGGUUUGAGCCCCACAUCAGGCAAAAGAUUCCUGCAUUGCAGGGGGUGGGACUAAAUGACCCUCGGGGUCCCUUCCAACUCUACAAUUCUGUGAACACAGAAAUGUUGCAGUGGCUUGAAUCUCAAUGGGAAAAUACCUCAUCUCAAAUUGUAAAUUUGAGGUACCCCACAGCCUUGGCUUGCUGUGGAUGAGGAAGAAUGGCUGGCUGCCAGGGGCUGGUUUUUGCUUUCUGUGUUUUGAGCCGCGGUAGUCCAAAUCAAGACAGCUAGCUUUGCUAAGUUCUGCAGCGUCAUCCCUGCAACAGAGGUUUCAUGCUGAGCUCCAUUUCAUGCUGAGCCCUUUUGCUAGUCCAUAAGGGAUCAGAAUUGGCCCUCUUGGGUUUGAGGUCGUAGACUUGGCUUGACUGGGAAUGGCUGGAUGUUUUGUGGUCCAAAGUAACUGCUCUCUCUUUCCUUGAAAGAAUCAGACCUCAGUUCGUACUGGGAAGAAAGGCAAGAGCAGCUUCUCCAGGAUGACAAAGAAGGGGAGACAUUAGCAGGUAGGUUGUGUUUUUGCUCAGGGAUUUGAAGGUGUGACAAUUUCGCUCUGUUUGGAGGACAGAUCUACACCUGAUUUCUGCGCAGCAGAAACCGAGCUGACGGUUAACUUUUUCAGCUGGAUUCCUUCUUUAACUUCUGCCACAUUAAGGAAGUUAGUCGUAUCAGUCUAGUGUACAAGGGUGAGCAUUCCAGCACAUGGAAAAGACAUUUCUGCCAUAGAACUUAAUCAGACUUAAUCAGAAAAGAAGAUCAAUGAGGUUAAUGACAUAAAAACCUGAUAAAAUAUCAGCAUUACCAUUCUAAAAAUAAUGAUUAACCCUGAUUAAAUCCCAGUUACCUGGGCAGCGAGCAACAGGUGAUAUGUUCCUCCCAAAUGAAAGCGCGAGAGGUGCUCAGAUUUUCCUUUGAAUGAGGUUUUUUUUUUUUGGUAAGCUUUAUCCAUUAUCAAAGAAAAACAAGACGUACCAGCAGAUUUCUGUGCUCCUAUAAUUUACUAGUGUCUUUUGACCGCAGCCAAAACCAUAACCAAGGAGGAGCGCUUUGUUCCCCUCUUGGUCUCUUCCCCAGCCUUGUUACCUCCCUUAUCUCCUCCAACCCCAACCCCAAUUGCAUCAAAGGAGACACACCUGUACUUAGUGAAAUCAGGUGGGAGAUAGAGCAGGAAGGGGCUUGUGUUGUUGUCGUCUUGAGACUGUAGGAUAUUCAGAAGCUAACCUCAGAUUGAGCUGGGCAUGAAGAGAAGAAAUGGAAGAUGCUUAAUCAUAAUGAUGAUGAUGAUGAUUUUAUUUUUACCCCACCUAUCUGGCUGUCUUGCCCCAGCCACUCUGAAAACGACAAAAUCAGAGAAGCAGAGAACUGGGCUCAAUCCAUAACAAGAUCUCUGCUUGCCAUUUGAGUGACAUUUCCUUUUUCUCCCUCCCCUGAAACAGGCAGUGGGCAGAACAAUGAGAAUUGUGGGGAGACAUCCGCCGUGGUGUCGUCAGAAAACUCAGAACACGAAGCUUCAAAAGAAAUGUCUGUAAAUCAAAUAGAAACCCCAGAUCAUGAAAGAAACAAGUCAAAGAAAGCAAAAAAGAAAUCCACGGCUUCUCAGGACACUGAUGUCCACGAACCCCUCGUCUCAAAGAAAGAUCACACAGAAAACAAAUGUACAGAGUGUGGUGAAAUAUUUAGAUAUAAAUCACAAUUAAAAAUGCAUUACCGAACUCAUGGGAUUCAUACAGAGGUGAAACCAUUUAAAUGUACGGUGUGUGGAAAGAGCUUCAGCCAUAGUGGGAGCCUUAGCAUGCAUCAUAGAAUCCACACAGGGGAGAAACCAUUCGAAUGUACCGAGUGUGGAAAAAGUUUCACUGGACGUGGUGACCUUUCUAAGCAUCAGAGAAUCCACACAAGGGAGAAACCGUUCAGGUGCAUGGAGUGUGGAAAAUGCUUUAGUCAGAGCGCUCACCUUACAUUACAUGAAAGAACACAUACAGGGGAGAAACCGUUUCAGUGUAUGGAGUGUGGAAAAGGUUUCACUGGAAGCGGUGACCUUUCUAAGCAUCUCAGAAUCCACACAAGGGAGAAACCCUUCAAAUGCAUGGAGUGUGGAAAGGGCUUUACUCAAAGAGCUCACCUUACUUUUCAUCAGAGAACAUACACAGGGGAGAAACAAUUCACAUCUUUGGAGUGUGGAAAGAGCUCCAGUGGGAGUGGUGACCUUGCUCAGCAUCAAACAACACACACAGGGGAGAAACCGUUUAAAUGUACAGAGUGCGGAAAGAGUUUCAGUGGGGGUGAUGGCCUUAUCAAGCAUCAAAAAAUCCACACAAAGGAAAAACCGUUCCUAUGCAAGGAGUGUGGAAAACGCUUUAGUCAGAAUGCUCACCUUACUUUACAUCAAAGAACACACACAGGGGAGAAACCAUUUAAAUGUACGGAGUGUGGAAAAAGCUUCUGUGGGUCUGGUGACCUUACUAAGCAUAAAAGAAUCCACACAAGGGAAAAACCGUUCCUAUGCAAGGAGUGUGGAAAGAGCUUUAGUCAAAGUGCUCACCUUACUUUACAUCAAAGAACACACACAGGGGAGAAACCGUUUAAAUGUACAGAGUGCGGAAAGAGCUUCAGUGGGAAUGGUGACCUUACUAAGCAUCAAAGAAUCCACACAAAGAAGAAAUCAUAA